GAUCAAACCUGAUUGAUAAUCACCUUCCAGGGGAGAGGCUGUCUGUGCUCGAGUCGAGUCAGUCCAGAGGGAGGGCUCAAGGCAUAAGAUGGGAGGACCUUCUAACUCAAAGGAUAAGAAGAAAAAGGCAAAAUGGGAUGCUAGGGCAACCAGAAUCUUUUGUGAUGUCUGUGUGGAAGAAGUUGCUGCUCGUAAUCGGCCCUGUAAUACUUUUAAUAGAACAGGGUGGGCAAAUGUGAUUGCAAAAUUCAAUGAAAGAGCAAAUAGAAAUUAUAGUUAUAAACAGUUGAGAAAUAGGUGGGAUGGAUUAAAAAAGGAUUGGAUUCUCUGGAAACAACUUCUGAGUCAGGCUACAGGAUUGGGGCUUAACCAAAAGGGUACAAUUGAUGCUUCUCAUGAGUGGUGGGCUGCAAUGAAAAAGGAGAAUCCUAAUUACACCAAGUUUGAAGAGGUUGGGUUAGAAAACCCAAAAGAGAUGGAAAUAAUGUUUUCUAAAGCAGCAGCAACAGGUGAAAUUGCAUUGACCCCUGCUGCAGACAAUCUUUUUCCAGAACAAGAUGCAGUUGAUUUGGACGAGGGAAGCGGUGAUUCUGAUGAUGUGAACAGCAUCCCUACACAAAGCCAGCCUAUAAUAAGUAAUGAGAAAAGGGAGAAAACUACAAUAGACUGUUCAAUCCCAGGUACUGAGAAACAGGUGACCCCUAGUGCAGAUAAUCAUUUUCCAGAACAAGAUCUAGGAGUUCAAGGUGCAAUUGAUUUGGAUGAGAGAAGCAAUGAUUCUGAUGAUAUGAACUACAUCCCUACACAAAACCAACCUAUAAGAAGCAAUGGAAAAAGGAAGAAAACUGUACCAAAUUGUUCAAUUCCAGGUACUGAAAAACAAGUGCAAAAAGGUAAGGGCAAGAAAGCAAAAAUGUGGGCAGCAAUAUACAUGCAGAGGCAAUUAAAUCAUUUUUGUGAUGCAGUGGAAAGUUACAACUCUCAUGCUAGUUUAACUGAAUCAUCAAAGAAAAAUUAUGAUUCACCUGGAAGUAGCAUUGCAGAUUGUAUGGGGAUAUUGAAGAAUCUGCCUGGUGUUGAAGUUGGUGGUGAGUUAUAUAUGUUAGGUACUCGUUUGUUUAUAAAAAGAGAUUACAGAGAGAUGUUUGCUUGCAUCCCAACAGCUGAUGUUAAACUUUCUUGGCUGAAGCAAGAGUUGCGGAGGGAGGUUGGUAGUGCUAAAAAGCGGUAGGAUUUGUUUCCCAUUAGGUGAUGGAAAAAACACUAACAUUGAGAUGUGGAACUCUCUCCCUGCCAAUGUUGUGUGUGCUUUUGAGUAUAGGGAUGUAUGUAAUGUUUUAGUAAUUGUUGUUCACUUUAAUGACAGACUGCUUAGGGUUCUCUAAUAUCUGUUUCUCUCUCUUUUUUUUCUUUUUUUCUUUUUUGGAAGAAUCAUUCUUCAGCACCUAGGCUGCUUUAUC